AUGAAUGACCCUCUGGAUAUACAAGAAAACCUACUAUUGCCCUCCCUCCCUCACGCAAUAGGUGCUUCAUCAGUUCUGGAAAUGCACUACGAGUUUUUCGAGGGUCGUUGGUUUUUGGUUUUUGGUUUUUCGGUCAAAACCAACAAGAACAUACCUGAUACUAUGAUAAAAAAAAAUAAAGUUGAUGGUACGACGAAUAAAACAACAGCCGAAGAAGAAAAAUAUUUGAUUGUAAAAAGAAAAAGUGGUAUCGUUCACCUACGCCACCAACCUAGCACACAUUCAGGAGAUGCGUGGCCGACAGUCGUUGAUUUCUUCAUAGCAGACACCGCAUUAUGA